AUGCUGCAAAAUGGAAACGGAAAGCAAAAAGCUCCGCAACUGCCAAAUGCUGGUGAGACAGAGUCAGACUCCACGGAUGGCAACCCGAAACUGCAGCAAGAGCAGCCGGCAGUUCUCCCAGCCGCCGACGAGAAGGACGCCGAGUCCACACACUUCCCCAUGCCCACUUACCCUAAACUGGAGAUAAAGCGAAACGCGGUGACGGACGAUUAUAAAGUCUCCAAUCAGGUUCUGGGCUUGGGGAUCAACGGCAAAGUCCUCGAGUGCUUUAACAAGAAAACUGGAGAGAAGUGCGCGCUAAAGAUUCUCUAUGAUAGUCCCAAAGCAAGGCGAGAGGUGGAGCUCCACUGGCGAGUGUCAGGAGGGCCGUACAUCGUUCGCAUCCUGAGCCUGUAUGAGAACAUGUAUCACGGGAAGAAGUGCUUGCUCAUCAUCAUGGAGUGUAUGGAGGGAGGAGAGCUGUUCAGCAGAAUCCAGGCCAGAGGGGACCAGGCGUUCACUGAAAAAGAGGCAUCAGAGAUUAUGAGGGACAUCGGCACGGCCAUCGAUUUUCUCCACAACAUCGAUAUCGCGCACAGAGACAUCAAGCCAGAGAACCUGCUGUACACAAGCAAAGAGAGAAAUGCAAUCCUCAAACUGACAGACUUUGGCUUUGCAAAGGAGACCACGCUGCACAAUCCUUUGCAGACUCCUUGUUAUACUCCGUACUAUGUGGCUCCCGAGGUUCUGGGUCCAGAGAAGUACGACAAGUCAUGUGACAUGUGGUCUCUGGGCGUCAUCAUGUACAUCCUAUUGUGCGGCUUCCCUCCGUUUUACUCGAAUACAGGCCAAGCCAUUUCUCCUGGGAUGAAGAGGAGGAUCAGGAUGGGCCAGUAUGAAUUUCCUAAACCAGAGUGGUCGGAGGUGUCACAGGAAGCAAAAGAUUUGAUCCACCAACUACUGAAGACAGACCCUAACGAGAGAAUGACCAUCACCCAGUUUAUGAACCACCCCUGGAUCAAUCAGUCCAUGAUGGUUCCUUCCACUCCCCUGCACACCACACGGGUCCUGACAGAAGACAGAGAGAUGUGGGAGGACGUGAAGGAAGAGAUGACCAGCGCUUUAGCGACCAUGCGUGUGGACUAUGACCAGGUGAAGAUCAAAGAUCUCGACACCUCCAGCAACCCUCUGCUUAACAAGAGGCGCAAGAAGGCCGCUGCGGGGGGCAAGAGUGGGUCCACGGUAUGCCAGAGUCAGUGAGGCAAGGAUGAGCUUUGGUGGAAGGUUCAAGAGGUGCUUUAAACUUCUGAGAGACUCAACUUCAAGCAAGUGCGCUCUAAAAUAAGAGACAUUAGGAACGCCAGAGUUAAAGCUGGAUAUUUCGGGGACGUGGAGACGUGAUAUCACUUGUCUGUUGUCACCGCAGGCCUCUCUGUUUUUAAAUAUCUUGUGUAAUAAUGUCUUUUCUUUUUUGGGAGGGGGCUGGGCUGUUUGUAAGAGUACCUGUGUGUAGAGAUGCGGUAUUUGUAGUGGUAUAUGUUGUGUAUUUGAAUGCUGGAUUUACCUGUUUAAGGUGUAACUAUGCAGUUGUGUGCAGAUCACACUCAAAGAAACCAACUGUGGACAGACUGUGAAACUAAAAGGCUCAUUAUUUA